AUGGAUACCUACAAUGUUACCGACCAAUAUACACAGAUGCUUAAGAGCCAGAAACAGACUUUGUUAAAGGCCAAAAAGCGCAAAGGCCAGCGACCCCACGAUCGAGCGCCUAGAGAACAGAUGUACCUCAAGUUCAUGAUGAGCCUCGUAUCAAUAAAACCAACCAAGCAAGGACGCAACAUUCAAUCAUCAUUCAUCCCGCUAUCAUACCUGCCGUGUACUGCGCCUCUGGCCGAGUUGAAACGUAUCGCGAUUCGGGACCUACAGCUUGAGACGCACCACCGCGGGAAGUAUCUCCCACUGCGAGUUAUCACGCCACCUCAUCGGAUGACGGCGAUAAUGGUCUUGGCGGAAGAUGACCUUGCGGACGUCAUUAUACUGCAAUUGUACCAACAAGAAGCGGAGGACAUCCGCGAGGCCAGUGACGCAGUCAACGUUGGGACGAUCUUACUAGUCAAGGAGCCCUACUUCAAAGUGAUGGCAUCCGGGGAGUACGGAUUACGCGUGGAUCAUUUGUCCGAUGUUUCCCACGUUAGUAAGGACGAUCCCAGGAUACCUGCAACGUGGCGGCCACAGCUUCUCGAAGCAGAAUGCUCAGCCCAGUUGCUGAAGACCAAGGGCAAUACUGCCAUGGGAGAAGGCAAUUACUGGCAGGCAAUUACGGAGUAA